AUGAGUAUAGCCCAAGAACCUGUAGGUUGGUUUCAAGGCUCCAAAAACGCCAACCUGAGGUUGAGAGGGAACGCCAAGAAGACUCAACACAAGAAGGUGUCGUGGCCAUCAAGGGACGCCGAACUCAUGCAGUUGCAAAUGGAGAAAUUCCGCAGGCCUCAAUCAACUGCCGUCGACGCUGAGAUCAGCCGGAUUUUGAAGGAUCGAGACGACAUUGAAGCAGUUUUCCAGAACCUGAUCAACACCCUUGUCAGCGAUGAAAGGGAAAGACGUCCUUUAUUCGAGAAGAAGGGCUAUGUUGAAAAUCUCGACUGCCAUCACGACGUCGUGGAAGCGUUCGAUACGAUCUGCAUUGACAUUAACAAGUACGACUACGCCCUCAAAUACGUGUAUCUUUUGAACAACCUGUGUACUAAGUUCAACGACUCAGCGAAAAUCAUCAAGGCAAUGCAGACGGCCUGUUCGAAGACAAGCUCCCGCUUCCUCUGA